CAAAAACUUUACAUUUGGGCAUUAAUUGUGACUCGAAAAGGCGGAAUGAUUCGGGUUACCGGCACGGCGGCUCCGGCUAUGUCUGUGGUGUUUCCGACUUCAUGGAGACAACCGGUUAUGCUUCCUCUCCGGAGCGCAAAGACCUUCAAGCCUCACACAUUUCUUGAUCUUAAAGGAGGCAAAGAGUACAGUACAAAAAUGAGUGAGUUCCAUGAGGUUGAGCUUAAAGUUCGUGAUUAUGAAUUGGAUCAGUUUGGUGUUGUGAACAAUGCUGUUUACGCAAACUACUGCCAACACGGCAUGCACGAAUUUCUAGAGAGUAUUGGUAUCAACUGUGAUGAAGUUGCCCGUUCUGGUGAAGCCUUAGCAAUAUCAGAGUUGACAAUGAAUUUCCUUGCACCUUUACGUAGCGGAGACAAGUUUGUAGUGAAAGUGAACAUAUCUAGAACAUCUGCUGCGCGUAUUUACUUCGAUCAUUCCAUCUUGAAACUUCCAAAUCAAGAGGUUAUAUUGGAGGCGAAAGCAACAGUUGUAUGGCUUGACAACAAGCACCGUCCUGUUCGUAUCCCAUCUUCGAUACGCUCUAAAUUUGUUCACUUCCUACGCCAAAACGACACAGUUUGAUUCACCACAUCAGCCCAAUUAAGUUCCUUAAUUGGUCUAUGAUAAGCUCAUAUAUAUUAUAACUACAAGAAUAUGUAUAUUCGGAUAAUGCAACAUCGUAUUUCUCUCAUCGUAGAAGCCAGCAAACUUGCGCGUAAGCAACUACAUGGGAAAACAAAAGACAUAUAAGUUCCAUGCGCUC